GCAGGUUCCCUGCUCUCUCUACAAUCACAAGCUAUACACUGGAAAAAAAAAAAAAAAAAAAAAAAAAAAAAAAAAAAAAAAAAAAAAGCAGCGCAGUUUUACCCCAGCAUCAGAGCCAGUGGAAGUCAGAACAGGUGGAGAGGUGUAUCGAACAGGGAAAGAGAGGAAAGGGUUAAAGGCAUUAUCGCAGCCAUUAGAGGGAAAAGUUGAAGCAAUACAAGCACAGUAGACUUCUCUCUCUCCCCCCACCCUCUUUCUUUCCCCCACUCCCCUCUUCCCAAGCUGGAUCAGUGUGUAGGGAGGGCAGUCAUCACGCCAUCCUAAGCAGCAAAAGCUGACGUUGGACGAAGCUGCCAGGUAGCUGAAAAAAGGCACAGAAGGCAGCUGAUACCCACUUUUCAACGGUUUUGGUUGUUUUUUUUUGUUUUUGUUUUUUUUUUUUUUUUUUUUUUUUUUUAGUCUGAAUCUGGACUUCAAGCAACACAGCGCCUGAGACAGCUCAUCUGAACCAGACUGUAUUGCAAUACUCUCUCUUCCCAAAGAAAAAGACUCCACUGAGUAGCAGAAUGCUGACAGUGUUGCAGCUAGGGCUACAAUACAGAGCCUUUUUGUAACAUUUAAAAUCUUUCUGUUCAUAUAUUUAGAGAUACAUACACACACUCAUACAUCAAUUCUUCCUUCCUUUUCUGAGGGCACCUUUGGCUUUUGUUACCCUGAUGUGACUUCUUCUUCGUCUUGGAAUGAUGGGGAUCUUUCUAGCUUAUGUUGGAUUCAUUUUCUUUUCAGUUAUGUAUAUUCAACAAGGACUUUCUACCCAAGCAAAAUUCACUGAGUUUCCCCGAAAUGUCACGGCCACUGAAGGGCAGAACGUGGAGAUGUCUUGUGCUUUCCAAAGUGGCUCUGCUUCCGUGUACCUUGAAAUCCAGUGGUGGUUUCUGCGGGUGGCUGAGGACCAAGAGGCUGGAGCUGAGAUGACAGGCACCCAGGUGGAGCUCUUGCCCGAGCGGGACCUGGACAGCGACGGCACCAAGAUCAGCACAGUGAAAGUACAAGGGAAUGACAUCUCCCACAAGCUGCAGAUUUCAAAAGUGAGGAAAAAGGAUGAAGGCUUGUAUGAGUGCAGGGUGACCGAUGCCAACUAUGGAGACCUUCAGGAAUACAAGGCCCAGGCAUUUCUCAAAGUCAACGCUAACAGCCACUCUCGGCGAAUGCAAGCCUUUGAGGCAUCUCCAAUGUGGUUGCAAGACAUGAAACCUCGCAAAAACAUCUCAGCAGCUGUUCCAAGUAGCAUCCAUAACUCUGCCAAUCAGCGUGUGCGUGCCACCUCCAGCCCUGAAGCAGCAGCCAAAAUCCCCAAACAAAGUCCACAAUCAGGUAUGAAAAACAGGGGACAACACAUGAGCAUUUACAUCUCGCAGGAAGAAUUUAGCUGGAUCCCAGUGGCUGAUAGGUCAAAAUGUGAGAAUGCCUGAUCCAAGUAGAGUUUAAGUAAUAAUGUAGAAAUAUUAUAUGCGUACAUACUAAUGUUCUUCCAGGUUACUGUCUUUGAGGGUAACAUAAUUGUAGUCCAGCUUUUCCCAGUGUUCUUGACCUGCAAUAAAAUUUCCUUUUGUUCUCAUUAUGAUAAUUAGAAAAUAAUGUUAGAAAUGGCGGGGAAAUGAAUAAUCGAUUUAGCAUAUCCACAGACAGAUCAACAGUUUUACUUAUAUUACCAUGCUCACAGUUCCAGUGACACUAUUUAAGUCCUGGUCAGAACUGUACACACAAACUGCAUCUGCAUGAAAACUCUGUAUUCAAAUACUCUGUAUUUUUAAGACAUUUGGAUUUGGAUUUGGAUCCUGAUCUGUAUUUGCCUCUGACUUCAGUCUAAAAACAGUGAAACUAAACCUCUGAUUUAAACACCCUAUGACUUUUAAAUUCACAGUCAAAAUGGAAAUUUUUUACUAUUUCUGUUCACUUACCCUUUAUCAGUAUGGAAAACAAAAUAAUAGAAUAUGAGCAAAUAUGACAGAAUAGAAAAAGGAAAGAAUCUAAAAAGGCCACUUUCAGUUUUGCUAUGUUAUUAUUCUACAUUUUCAGCUUUCACCCUUCCAAAAUCUAAAGAAAUACUUGGGUUCAUGAGAGAAUACAGUUUUUUCACACAUCUGAAAAAAAAAAAAAAAAAAGAAAGAAACUUGGAUAUAUUUAAACUCCCAUUAUAUUUCAUAAAGAAUCACUGAAAAGAUGAGAGUGUACCUAAUAGUCAUAUAUGUCACUGUAUAUCUCAAAUCAUUUUUGUUGGGGGUAACACAUUACUGAAAAUGUAUCAGUUUGGGUUAGGUAGCAUUUUGGAAACUACUAAGCCAGUAAAUAGAGACCUGAUAUGACAUUAGGAUACACUAAUCAGUUACCAAAACCAUGCAGAGGACACUGAUUAUGACAGUGAUUUCCAACAGUCCUAACAGCCUCUUUCUUACCUAGAAGCUGAAUUGUUUUAGUAUUUUCCCUAAUUUUUUCUCAUGUCCUCAGUAUUGCUUUAGCUUAUAAUUGCUGCAUGUACUAUAACCUAAAUCCCUUGCAAGAUAAAGAAACUUGCUGUUUAGAGAAGAACAUGUAUGUAGAACAUGUGAUGAAUUGGAGGGAGGUUGUGAUUUAUACGGACCGAAAAUUAUAAAUAAAAAGUUUAUCAAGUGUAUGCAAUAUAUGAUCCCUAAUUUGGAGAUCUACAGAUUGUCGUAUUGGAAAAAAGGAAAAAAAAAAAAAAAAAUAGUGCUUUGCCUGCAAAUAUUAUGGUAGAUUUUCCUAAUGUGAAAUUGUUUAAGUCAAACUUAUUUUGUAUCAUACUGUUUCUCUUCCACACAUUGCAGCUUUCAAAUUCUCAAGUUAUAAUGCCAUUAAACGUUAAAAAAGUUCUUUUAAAAAAUAUCCAUGAGACUCCUCUGAGUAUUUAUCCUUAUUUGCAUUGUACAUAUUUUGUGUAGAGGAAAUGUAUCUCCAAAGACUUCUUUAAAAUUGUCUUGAGCAGUGUAUUUCUCUAGUUCAAUCAAAAGAAUAUUUAAAUGGAAUAAAACUAGUGAAAAUAAUUCAAUAAAUCAUGACAUGAUCUAACACUAACAAAGGUUCUAAGUAAGUUCUGCUAAACUAGUUAGGGAAAGAAAAGCCUUUACAAAAAUCUGUCAAAUGACAAAUUUUGCACCGUAUAUAAAAGAGAGAACAUGCUGCAAUAAAACCAAAAUCAGAAAUUGAGCUUGACCCUUAAGGCUCAAGUUUGCAACUACCACCUGUAUGAGAAUAACCCACAGGAAGAAGUUACAGCAAAUUUGUUUGUGUGUUUGCUUGUUCCUAGUACGGAACAAGUGUUUUGAGAAGCCCAGAAAACUACAGCAGUGUAGUACAGGUAGCAUUUGUCAAGAGAAAAAUAGGCUUUGCACACCUGUCUACGUUCAGUAGGAAGCAAGGUCAGAGUUCCCAUGGACUUCUUUGAAAAUCUUAGUAAUGUCUUUGAGACAUGUUUCCACUGAAAAGUUAAUAUUCACUGUAUUAACACACAUGGAUAAUUCAUAUGUAUAUCUGAAAUAUCACUGCCAUUUAGAAGCUCUUGUGUAUGUGACAGAGGACUAAGAGUCUUUUAUGGCAACUACUAUGUAUGCAACAUCUCACAGCAUGUAUUUACAAAAGGAAGCAGUGUUCAGAGAUCUGGGAUUUAGUUUAAUCCCUGUUUUUGAAGGGAAAAACUUACUAAAGACAGGAACAGAAAUACUUGUUGCUACACUUAUAAGCAUAGUUAGCAGAUACAGAGAAAUGUUUUACUGAGAAACAUCUGAAAACUUUAAAAAAUGAGCAUUUGCCUUGAGUUCUUUUUGCUUUCAUUGUGUAUAUUGAUGAGAAGAUAAAUGUGCUUUUCGGGGCUGCAGUGGAAUCCAGUAUUCAGUUUAAUAUUAAAUUCUUUAAAAAAAUAGCUUAUACAUGAUUAAUAGAUUUUUUUAAAAAUAAGCAGUUAUUAGAAGUCCAGCAUUAUUAUGGACUGCUUAUAACACCAUUAUAUCUUUGUUAUAGAACUGAUGCCUGUAACCGUCAAUAACAUUAAUCAUUUUCAAGUAUACAACACAGCUAUAAAAUCUAUUAAUCAUGCAUUAACCCAUUAUAAUGGAAAAUUUUAUUUAUAGUGUAACUAAAUUAAAUUUAUGUUUUUCACUUCAGGUAAUAUAUUUCAAAUUCUGAAUGUAAUUAAUUCUUUACAAUAUAGGGAGUUAUAAAGCACCAAGACUUGGUAUGUACAACAUCUAAAUACUCAUGUCCUUGGUGUGAGAACAUUUCAGUUUAAUUUGUCUAGUUCUGAAUGGUUUUAUUCUGAUAACGUACUUAAAAGUUAAAGUCAUAUUUUUAGAAAUAAUGGAAUGUACCAUUGUUCUCAAAGCUUUUUAAAAAUAAAACCCAAAAAUCUGGGAAAAUAUAAUUUCUCAGAAAUAAAUACUAUAAACAUUUUAGCAUUGUGCUCCCCCCUUGUAAAUAGCACAGCCAUUUGCCAGUAUCUCCUCUGUUUUACAAAAAAAACAUUCUUUAGCCACUAAAUUACCUUUUUAUUAGCAGUCAAUGAUGUGAUGCUGGAAAUGAUUUUGUAAAGAUCACUCUGAGAUGGAAGGUGUUUGGGUUUGUUCCUCUUGGUGUAUGGUUUCACUGGAUAAUGUUAUUUAAAAAGACAGACAAGAAAGAAAAGCAAAGCAAACAAAAAAAACCUCCCUGGGACUGAAAUACUUUGUAUGUGUUGUUA